CUGUUGAGCGCAUCAAUACUGCAGGAUGACAGUGUAAUGCAAGGAAAGAGUUAUCCUUGGGAUCAUACCGUAUGCUUGCACGUGGUCCAGACACGAGCAAGGACGCGCGCGAAGUCGGGCUGCCCAGUCGUCCACUUUGCCUCCUGCCCUCAUCUAUCUACCUACUCGUCUGCGCUCUCUACACGGGAUGACGGACCAAUAUGUUGACCCGAAGGUCGCUCGCGCGUCCUACCGGCCCAAAAAUGUGAUGUCCCCGGGCCUGAAACGCGCGCGCGAGCCCUUCAGGCUCCGUAACGCAAUCACCGGUCUCGCACUCGCCGGCUUCGCUGUCGGCGUAUGGGCAUACUCCAUCAGCGCGGUGAAGCAGGACGACUUCGGAGACGUGGACGAGGAGGCACGCGCGCUCAUGGCGGGGUCUGGGAUCCAGAAGUCGGAAGAUGGGGCGGCAGAGGCGGGAGGAGCGGCGGAGGUGUCGAAGGCGAUUGCUGUCCCUGCCCCGGCAGCACCUACUGUCGUGUCACCUUCGAUAUCACCCCUCAGCGUGGGGACAAGACGGGGCAUCCUACCACCACUUCUCGAAGGUCGGUUCCCCAGCCUCCUGGAUCCCCGAACAGGCACUCUGGUCUGGAGCGCACCUCCAGUAGACAACGUUGGGAAGCUGGGGUCAACAAGUUCAGGAACAAGACGAGUCCUCUAGUGUCCAUGAAGCGAAAAGUACAUUUCCGCUUGCUUCUCCGUAUUGUAUUCAUAAUAGUAAUCCCCAUUCAGCAUUUGAUCUUGCAUAUCCAAUAUAUAAGACACAAGGCAC